UUUGAUUGUAUUCUUCAUUAGUAUUAUUUGAUAAUACGCAUUUUUCGCAAUGAAUAAUUCCGCUGCCAAGGUUGGUGAAAUAUUCACCGAAGCUGGAGCUGCAUUCAAUAAACUGGCCGAAAUGACGAUGAUGCUCCAUCCUAUGGCUGAAAAUACACCUACUGCACCAGCAAAAACACCUGUGAAGAGAAAAGCAGCGGAUGACAGACCAGUUUUAGCCGGCACCACACCACAAACAACUCACAAUGUUCACGCAGCACCCAUAUCACAGCAGGUGACCCUAAACAUGUUGAAUGCUCAUGAAUCAGAAAUGGAUGGAGAUGGCCUCAGCAAUCAAGUCAAGCUGGAGUUUGAGUCCAGCACUGAGGAAGUUACUACUUAGGCAAGGUGUAUUAAAAAAAAAACAAGUUUUAGAUAUAUGUAGUCAUUAUCUAUUAAGCUGGCCAUACACACUAGGGUAUGCCUGUGCAGUAUUGCCUGUACAGUCAAACUGCACUGGUAAAAAUGAGUGUAUGUGGCAUUUGACUGUGCAGUUUCCUAACUGGCUUUACAUGUGCAGUUGAACUGUACAGGCGACACUGUGCAGGCCUA